AUGGCAGCAAGCAGUGGAAAAGAUCCCGACGCGACGAAACAAUACGCCUGGACCCUUCCUGGGUAUGACAUCCCGGGUUUCCAGCGAGAAUGGCUAGACUCGGCCGCCAAGCUCUUCAAUACCGACGCCUUGGACAUUCUCUUGACAUCUGAAGAGAAGAAGGAGGCUCUAGUGCUGAUCGCCAUUCCCAUCACUAGUUCCUCCUUCGGUAACAAGUGCAGAGCGCAGGCCCUCCACAGAACUGUCAGCCAAGCGCGGGAGAUGGGCCAGGGCAAGCGACCUCCCGCCCGAGUCACAAUUCUUGCAGCUCUCCUCAUCUACACGCUGGAGCCUCCGUCGACUUGGUGGGAAUGGGCGACCAUGCAUCAGCCACUCGGUGUUCUGCGAUAUGUUCGGGACUGUGCUGAUGGCCUCAGCGUUUACUCGUCCGAGGGUAUGUUGAAGGCAGCGUUAGCACAUUCUCCGGCAGCACCAAUCCAAGACCAUUCGGAAAACCUUUUCGUCGUCGACAAGCCUUCAUUGGAGGAGACCAGCGCUAAACCUGCUGAACCUACUCCGCUUGACUCAGACCAUCCAACUUUGCCGGCUUUGAGACCUUGGACACGCUCCAUUACCAAGUUUACGACGCCUUCGCCACCAAGCAAGAAGCGGAAGGCGGAACUCGACUCUCCCCAAAAGAAAGCUGUCCAGAAGAAGAAGACGGCCAGCGCAAAGAAAAUCAGGUUGGCUAUUCCGAAGAAGAACGCCGUCAGUCCGAAGAAGAAGACAGCUAUCCAAAAGAAGAAGGUGACGGCUGAAUCGGGAACCAAAUCUACCACACAGGCAAAGAGCCCCAAGACUGGAGAAGCUGGAGCUUCGAAACAACAACAGCCGAUUGACAAUGUCUUACUGGCCAGAUACAUGAAGAGCACCCCCAUGCUUGACAGAAUUGCGGAUUACGAUGACGAAUCGGUGCGUCGAGUUGCUCUUGCCAGUUUUCUCAAAGACUUGAAGAGCUCUGGUUGGGAUGACUUGGAGAAGUGUACCUGGCAGCUCAUCCAGGAUGGCGACUAUGAGUCUCGCGCGUUUCUCGCCGAGGCCAUAAUGAACAACGUCUAUCAGCGCAUGAAUGAGUCUGUCGAAGACGUUCCGCAGCCCGCGCAGAUUGAAGAGCCCACACAGCAGCCCGUGCGACAGCCCGCGGAGGCCAAGCAGCCCGCACAACCCAGUCUGGAUGAGCAACCUACGGAUACACCAACGAAGCGGAGAAGCCGGUCCAGGCCCAAGCAGGCGAAGCGAUCGACACGGACCAAGAAGUGUACCACAGAGACGGAGCAGCCCACAAUGAACACGUUGAAUGAGUAUAACACACCUACGAAGCAGGCAAGCCGGCCUUUCAGAUUGUCUUCCAGCAGCCGUUUGUCUGAUGACGUUUUCAACGAUAAUUCUCCUGUAUCCGCCGCCUCACCAGCCACGGGUCUGCGGCAUCCGAAUUUGGCUUCCCCGCCUCGCUGCAACAUUCGAGGAGUUAUAUUUAAACGAGUGAAGUCGAAGGAUACUCAGACUUGA